GGGGCUCUUCAUCAUAGCUCUGUUCAGGCUGACACGGUGUGUUGCCGUGCUGAGGGCUAAAUUACCGGUGGCAGCGAGCUGUCCUGUUGUUUAUGGUCGCGCCUUGCUGUCAGCCCGCAGUGCCAAAGUCUCAUCAUCUUCUCUGGCGAGGAUGCCGCUGACAAACAAAUCCAGGAACGCCCCGGCGUGUGACUCUCCAGGCUCAGGCCGAACUGAACCCUCAGCAGACUACAGCCGGACUACAGGGGACGGUGGAGGAGAGGACAAUGUUGGAGACAGUGAGAUAAUCAAGUCCCCCUAUGACCCCAAGCAGUACAGGUAUGUUGUGCUUGACAACGGGCUGCGAGCUCUGCUCAUCUCGGACUAUAGCGGCCCAGCGGAGUCCGAAGACGAUGACUCGGACGGAGAAGAGGAAGAGGGCGAUGAUGAGUCUGGAGAUGAAACGGAAGAUGAGUCUGAGGAGGAUGAAGACGACGAGCAGGGCAGCGAAGGUGAUGAUGACGAAGACGACGACGACGAUGAGGGGGAUAAGAAGAAAAGAAAUGCAGAGAAACAGUCUGCAGCCGCUCUGUGUGUGGGAGUGGGCAGCUUCAGCGAUCCCAGUGACCUCCCUGGCCUCGCUCACUUUCUUGAACACAUGGUGUUUAUGGGCAGCGAGAAGUAUCCCUCAGAAAAUGGCUUUGAUGCCUUCCUCAAGAAGCACGGCGGGAGUGACAAUGCCUCCACCGACUGCGAGAGGACGGUCUUCCAGUUCGACAUCCAGAGGAAAAUCUUCAAAGAGGCUCUUGACAGGUGGGCUCAGUUCUUCAUCUGCCCCCUGAUGAUACGAGACGCCAUUGAUAGGGAGGUGGAGGCCGUUGACAGUGAGUACCAGCUGGCUAAGCCGUCAGACUCCCACAGGAAGGAAAUGCUGUUUGGCAGUUUGGCCAAACCUGGACACCCUAUGGGCAAGUUCUGCUGGGGUAAUGCUGAGACGCUGAAGCAUGAGCCAAAGAAGAAGAAGAUCAAUGUCUAUAAGCGGUUGCGUGCCUUCUGGAAGAAACACUACUCUGCCCACUACAUGACUCUUGCAGUGCAGUCUAAAGAGAAGCUGGACACUCUGGAGGAGUGGGUGAGAGAGAUCUUCAGCAAGGUGCCUAACAACAAUCUGCCACAGCCAGAAUUCUCCAAUAUGCCGGAUCCCUUUGACACACCAGCCUUCAACAAGCUGUACAGAGUUGUCCCUGUUAGGAAAGUCCAUGCUUUGAAUAUCACCUGGGCCCUCCCCCCUCAGGAGAAAUACUACAGAGUGAAGCCUCUCCACUAUAUGUCUUGGCUGAUUGGCCAUGAAGGCAUAGGAAGCAUCCUCUCCGUGCUCAGGAAGAAGUGCUGGGCCUUGGCUUUGUUCGGAGGAAACAGCGAAACUGGCUUUGAUCAAAACACCACCUACUCCAUUUUCUCCAUUUCCAUCACUCUCACUGAUGAAGGCUUCCAAAACUUCUAUCAGGUGACUCAGCUGGUGUUCCAGUACCUGAAGAUGCUGCAGACACUUGGACCACAGCAAAGAAUAUAUGAAGAGAUCCAGAAUAUUGAAGCCAAUGAGUUUCACUACCAGGAGCAAAUUGACCCUAUAGAAUACGUGGAGGACAUUUGCGAGAACAUGCAGCUCUUCCCCAAAGAGGACUUCCUGACAGGAGAUCAGCUGAUGUUCGAGUACCAGCCAGAAGUUGUUAGAGCAGCUCUGUCUCUCCUCACCCCAGAGAGAGCCAACCUGAUGCUGCUGUCACCAGAACACGAGGGCCAGUGUCCCCUCAGGGAGAAGUGGUUUGGCACACAAUACAGCGUGGAAGACAUCCAGCAGGAGUGGAUGGAGCGGUGGAUGGGAAACCUGGAGCUGAACAGCGACCUUCACCUUCCCGUUGAAAACGAGUUCAUCGCCACCGACUUCACCCUGAAGCCCUCCGACUGCCCAGACACCGAGCUCCCUGUCCGGAUAGCCGACAGCGACAGAGGCUGCCUGUGGUACAAGAAGGACAACAAGUUCAAAAUCCCCAAAGCCUACAUCAGAUUCCACAUAAUCUCUCCUGUAAUCCAGCAGUCUGCUAAGAAUGUGGUCUUGUUAGACCUGCUGGUCAACAUCCUCGGACAUAACCUUGCAGAGCCGGCCUAUGAGGCUGAAGUGGCUCAGCUGGAGUAUAAACUGGUAGCUGGUGAGCACGGCCUGGUCAUCAAGGUUAAAGGGUUUAACCACAAACUGCCUCUGCUGUUCCACCUGAUCAUUGACCACCUGGCGGAUUUCUCUGCCGCCCCUGACGUCUUCAGCAUGUUCGCAGAGCAGCUCAAGAAAACCUACUUCAACAUCCUCAUUAAACCUGAGAAGCUCAGCAAGGAUGUGCGUUUGCUUAUCCUGGAGCAUUCUCGCUGGUCCAUGGUGGAGAAGUAUCAGGCUCUGACAGCUGGUCUGAGCAGCGGGGAUCUGAUGGAGUUCAGCCGGAGUCUCAGGGCAGAGCUGUACGCCGAGGGUCUGGUGCAGGGCAACUUCAGCAGCACAGAAUCACAGCAGUUCCUUCAGUAUGUCACCGAAAAAUUGCAGUUUUCCAAGCUGCCAGCAGAGGUGCCGGUGAUGUUCCGAGUGGUGGAACUUCCGCUGAAGAACCACAUCUGUAAGGUCAAAUCACUCAAUAAAGGAGACGCCAACUCUGAGGUCACCGUGUACUACCAGUCUGGCCUAAAGGCGUUGAGGGAGCACACACUGAUGGAGCUGCUGGUGAUGCACAUGGAGGAACCCUGCUUUGACUUCCUCAGGACCAAAGAGACUCUGGGGUACCAUGUCUACCCCACCUGCAGGAACACCUCGGGCGUACUUGGAUUCUCUGUCACCGUGGAAACACAGGCCACCAAGUUCAAUACCGAGCUGGUGGAGUUAAAGAUUGAAGAGUUCUUGGCUUCAUUUGGGGAGACGCUCGAUUCGCUGACUGAGGACGCCUUUAAUACUCAGGUGACUGCUUUGGUGAAGCUGAAGGAAUGUGAGGACACUCACCUGGGUGAGGAGGUGGACAGGAACUGGGCCGAGGUGGUUACACAACAAUAUGUGUUUGACAGACUUAACAGAGAGAUCGCCGCUCUGAAGCAGAUGACCCAGGUUGAGCUGGUCUCCUGGUUCAAAGAACAGCGAGGAGAGAACAGCCGCAAACUCAGCGUGCAUGUGGUGGGCUUUGGUGCUGAAGAGAAUGAUGAGGAUGCUGGUGGUAAGAAACAUGAAGGAGAAGAGGGCAAAGAGGAAGAGUUACACAGCUCUGCGUACGGUGAGGUGUCUAAGCUCACCUUCCUUCCUGCCAAGAUGGCGGGCGCUGUAGCCAUCAUGGACAUACCAGCUUUCACUAAAGGCCUGCCACUCUUUCCCUAUCACAAGAUACUUGAAUAACCUCGCGCUCAGACUGUGACACGGAUGGACGGCUAUGCUUUGCCUCUCACUGAGCGGACUCUGUCACAUUAGAGAUGCAGUCACUUAACAUGUGGAGGUGAAGGAAUUCUGAAACAGUUGUGGCUUCUCUAUGGACCUGGAUUCUUCUUGGGAGCCUCGGCUGUAGAUUUUAACUAAACUGUGUGUGUAUGCAAAACACCUGAAGGUGAUAAUAGACUUUUCUUGAAGUGAUACAUGAUAAGCUAUUCUUUUUUCUCACACCUAAUUAUUUUCAAUCCUCAGACACCAGGAGUGUGUAAGCACGCUUUCUAUUUCUCUAUCCACACUGACUGAAGAUCGUUGGAUCAAAUUCUCAUUAUUCGGCUCUCUGGCUCUGCUAUUAUAAGAAUACCAAAUCCCUGUUUUUUCAGCUGUCUGGAUCUCACAGUGAGCUUAAUACAUUUUUUUUCUUUUCAAAUCAACUGUGAAAACUGCAAAGAAUAUUGAAUCCUUUGAACUCUGAAAGGUUGUGUUUGAUGGAUUGUGAGCUCUUCUCUGCACUCCUGCUGUGUUAGCUAACUGGAAUAAUUACACCAUGGUACAAAACUGUGCAAAGAAAAUAAAUCCAGGAGUGAUGAUUGAAUUGAUUAAGCAGUGUACCAACUACACUUUUGAGACGUCUUCACAGUAUGCAUUUGCUGAAACUUGCCACAUAAGGGUUAAAGGUCACAAAGUAUGCAAAAUACACAUUACCAUGUUUUUCUAACACUAAUAGGUGUCCCUAGUCUGUCUGCAAACCCAAAUUAUGACAAAAGUCCAUCCCCUCUGUCUUCUGCCUGCUCCUCUUUUCAGAAAAUGUGUGCUAAAACGGGCUGUUUGGAGAUGUUCCCUUUGUGACAUCACAAAGGGCAGUAACCCCUCCCCCAGGUGGGUGACACUCCCAUAGCUACGUGUUUGUUCAGCCCUCUGAGCCCGCCUUCUCAUCGUGAACAAAAGGGCAUGGAAAGAGAAACAUCCCCUUCCAGAGGGGCGUGGCCGAGCACAGCUCAUUUGCAUUUAAAGCUACAGACACAGAAACAGCGUGUUCUGAGCAGGGCUGAAAUAGAGGGGUUUAUAGGCAGGAUCAGAGUGGAUUUAUAACAACAAACUUCACAGACAUAUUUUGGGGAGCUUUGAGACUUGUUUAAACUUGUUAAAAAUAUAUAUAAUAUACUAUAAAAAUAUAUUAAAAAUUUAUAUCACUUUCUUUUCCCGGUUGGUCCUAAAUGUGGAAGGCAUUUCAAUUUGAAAUACUUCGGCGCUUCCUUUAGCUGUAGAUUGAAUUUAAAUGAUACAUUUGCGGUGCAAAACACAUCACACACAACACAUGACACAGGAUGUGUGACAAACAGCAUGGUCCUCAGAAUGCCACCAGCUGUUUAAUUUACGCAGGUUUUUGAUUGUGGUGUUGCUUCUACACCAAUCACACACUCACGACUUCUUCUCCCUGGGGACGAGGUUGUUGUGCGAGAUCUUGUGUCAGACUCAUGGCUGAUGACACUCUGCACUAUUGAGUGUAAUUAAAAACUAAUCCCGAGCCCAGCACAGCAGAGCAUGUUAACAGAGUUGAGUAAUAUGCCCACAGGGAUGCCUCCCUGCAGGAAAGUCUUCACCUGCAGUAGUCCCACAUAAAUCAUUACCUCUAUAACUGGUGGUCGAACAGCUUGCUUAAAAUUAUUAUU